AUGGCAUCUAUUAGAAGAGCCUUGUCUCCAGUGCCUAGACCUGGAACUAUAGCCAAUGUAGAAGUCUGUUCAGUAGCUUCUCCCUUGUCUAAGUCGUCAUCAAGUCCUCAGAACUGCUCACCAUCGGCUGGAUUGGGCCACCGUGCUUUUGUGCUUGGUGUUUUCUCCCCAAGAUCUUUCAGGGCUUUUGAGAGAUCAAAGCCAAGGGGCCAGCAUUGGAGGAAGGUGCUUUUCCACUUCUUCAUUUGUUUCAUGGUUGGUGUUUCUAUUGGACUCAUCCCACCUGUAUCAACUAACAUGUCCUUGAGUCUUAUGCCAAAGCAUCAAGCCUUCUCUUUUGAGGUGAUAUCUACAGUUAGAAAUCUCCAGCCACUUGAAAAUGUGAAGAUAAAUAUGACACCAUCAAUUGAUGGGGCUGUGAAGUUUAAUGCCACCUUGAAAUCAGCAGAGCAAGAAGCAAUAGAUGGCUUGGCAUAUAAUGUCUCCAAUAGCCAAUUCAGUGAAGAUCCAUACUUAGAGUCUCAGAAGCUGCUCAUAAUUGUGACCCCGACCUACAGUCAUCAAUUUCAAGCAUAUUACUUACAUCGUUUGUCACAGUCUUUAAAAUUGGUCCCGCCUCCCUUGCUGUGGAUAGUUGUUGAGACGACUUCCCAAUCCGAAGAAACUGCUGACAUCUUAAGGAGUAGUGGCAUUAUGUAUAGGCAUCUCAUUUGCAAAACGAAUCUAACCAACCUAAGACAUAGGAACAUUCAUCAAAGAAAUGUUGCAAUGGCUCACAUUGAAACUCAUCGCCUUGAUGGAAUUGUGUACUUUGCAGAUGAGGAUAACAUCUACUCAGUGGAGCUCUUUCAGCAAAUGAGAGAAAUAAGGCGAUUUGGAACAUGGACUGUAGCAAGACUAUCUGAGGAUAAAAGUAGCAUUAUCUUACAAGGGCCCAUUUGUAAUGGAAGCCGAGUAAUUGGAUGGCACAUAAAUGAAUCAAAUGAUAAAUCUAAAAGAUUUCAUGCUGAAAUGCCGGGUUUUGCAUUCAAUAGUACGAUACUCUGGGAUCCAAAGAAGUGGCACCGCCCCACUCUUGAACCAAUGAGGCAACUUGACUCAGUCAAGGAGAGUUUGUGGGUUAGCUCAUUGAUUGAGCAGGUGGUUGAAGAUGAAAGUCAGAUGGAGGGCUUAAUGGAAAACUGCUCAAGAGUUAUGGUCUGGCAUGUUGAUCUUGAAUCAUCUUAUUCAUUCUACCCUCAGAAAUGGAUUGUAAAGAACAAACUAAAUGUCAUUCUUCAUCUUCCACUUGUGUGAAAAUUCUCAAUGAAGUGGAGAGCAGCAAAUUUUCAUUAUCCUGGUUAGAGGAUUAUUUCAACAUUCUCCUGCUCUAUAUUCCGUGACUGAUUGCACUCCUUCACAUGAUGCCAUAGUUGUGACAAGUCCAUUAGUUAAUAGUGCAUUUUCCUCUCUAACAGCUUGUACAUUAUAAUUAUACAGUUUCUAAGGUAAUCCAAUCCACACCUGUGGCUUGAAUUUCUUAGAGUUCGACGCA